CACAGUAAAACACAAAUAUAUACAGUCAAAUUUCCGAUAAAAAAAGUUAUAGAAAUAUAAAAAUUGCAAGACCGGUAUGAAGGUCGCUCAGCAAUUAAUCUAAUCUAGUCGUACAGAAGUCUCUCAACGGAAAACAACUCGGCGAUUUAAGGUUAAAAAUGAAGUUGUGCACUCAAAUUACCCUGGUGGUUUUUGCCAUAGCCGUCGGCGUAGGAUACAUGAAAUACAAAAGUAUAUCAUCACCGUUACCCAUUCCAAAAUUCGAUGCUAAUGCGUACUGGGGUCCUGGCAAAAAGGAGUCAUACAAAGAAGAUAAAUCCAUCAAGCCAUUCAAAAUCGACUAUCCAGAUAAAGUUAUAAAUGAAAUCAGCGAUCGAAUUAAAAACGCUGUACUGCCACCGCCACUGGAAGGAGUUGGUUUCGACUAUGGCGUCAAUUCGAAAAGAUUUUCUGAAUUUUUAGACUACUGGCAAAGUAACUAUCUACCUCGAUGGAAGUCUGAGAGGGAACCAUUCCUAAAUUCGUUUGAGCAAUACACUACGCAGAUACAAGGAUUGAAGAUUCACUACAUCCACGUCAAGCCGAACAAAAAUGCUGCCAAUAAGAAAGUCGUUCCCUUGCUGCUGCUUCAUGGUUGGCCCGGAUCAGUCAGAGAAUUUUAUGAUUUCAUCGGAUUGCUCAAGAGCCAACGCUCCGAUUUGAAUGUUGAAUUCGACAUAAUCGUUCCUAGUCUACCUGGUUAUGGAUUUUCACAAGGUUCUUCAAAGACUGGCUUCGGCGUGUUUGAAAUGUCGGUAGUUUUGCGGAAUCUUAUGAUUCGUUUGGGAUACGACAAAUUUUACAUUCAAGGCGGUGAUUGGGGCUCAGCGUUAGGAUCUUCCAUCUCAACCUUAUUUCCACAGAAUGUUAUCGGAUAUCACAGCAAUAUGUGCUUUAUACUCAGUUCGGCAGCUGGCAUGUUGAAAACGACAAUUGCAGCCACAUUUCCGUCAUUCUUUGUGGAGAAAGAGUAUGAAGACUUCCACUACCCAUACGGAGAGAAGUUUUCAAAUAUCAUUCUGGAGUCUGGAUACAUGCAUAUUCAAGCAACCAAACCUGACACUAUUGGAAUGGCUCUCUCCAACAAUCCUGUUGGUUUGGCGGCUUACAUUCUGGAAAAGUUUGCAACUUGGACUUUCCCUCAACAUCGUUCAUCAGCUCAUGGCGGCCUGGAUCUGCGAAAGGAUCUAUUCGAUGCGUAUUUGGACAACAUCAUGAUAUAUUACUUGAGUGCAUCCAUUACGACGUCGUGUCGAUUGUAUUCUGAAGCAUUCUCAUUGAAACAACAAGAACAUAAAUUAGAUCGCAUUCAAACCAAUGUACCGACUGCGUGUGCUCGAUUUAAGAAUGAUCUUGCUCAUGAAAUAGAUUGGGUUUUGCAGGACAAAUUCACAAAUUUGAUCCAAAGUAAUUACUACAAAGAUGGGGGUCAUUUUGCUGCCCUUGAACUACCUAGUGUAUUGUAUAAAGAUUUUGUGGAAUUUGUUAAAAAAGUUGAGAAAUAAAUGUUUGAUAUAGUUAUUGUGAUCGAUAAAGU